AUGGCGGAACCGUCUAGUUCAGCAGCACCCACUGGGGCUGCUAAGCCUCAGGCUGCCCCUAAGCCACCUAAUCCGGUCUUCAAAAUGAUGGGUCUACCGAACAUUCGCUUUAAGCUUCCUUCCAGAAACUGGAUGAUCUUCUUCACUAUCACCGGAUCUUUUGCUGGUGCUCUGAUUUACGACCGUCGAGAGAAGCGCCGCGCGCAGCAAAAAUGGUGCGAGCUGGUGGCCCACCUUGCGAAAGAACCACUACCUGUCGAGGAGAUGCGCCGCAGGUUGACCGUAUAUCUCGCCGCACCGCCAGGUGACGGCCUGAAAGUCGCUAGAGAUCAUUUCAAAGAAUACGUGAAGCCCAUCCUAACGGCCGCGGCUUUAGACUAUACAGUUGUGGAAGGCCGACGGGAAGGCCAGGUGCGCGCCAGCACAGCAGAGAACAUCCGAAAGUUGAGGCGCAAGGCCGGCGAGCCCAGCACAGAUGCUCACGAGACUGGUGUUGAAGAGGUUGUACUGGCGACGCGAGAAUCCAUCGGGAUUCACGAUGAGCCCGGUCCUAAGGGUGACUUGGUUAUUGGUCGACACACCUGGAAGGAGUACGUUCGGGGCUUACAUGAGGGCUGGUUAGGCCCCAUGGAUGCUCCAGUCCCUCCCGCUGCAGAAAUCCCAGUUCCCGAGGCGUCUGAAGAGCCCAUCCAGGAGAUUGCGGCUGGAGACGCCCCGGCCGAGACCCCGUCUCAGUCUCCGGUGGAGACCCUCGAAACACUUGAGAAGAAGCUUGAAGAUGAGAAGGAGGAGGAAAAGAAAGAAGAAGAAAAGCCAUCCAAACCUACCGGACCUAAGCCUGCCUAUAUCGCAACUGCCGAAUACCCCUCUGCUCAACUCGCCCCUGCUAUCCCCCAGUCCUUCGACAGCUCCGUCCCCAUCGAAUUCCCUCAUAUCCUCGGUUUCCUAAAUACCCCCAUCCGCAUGUACCGCUUCCUCAACCAGCGUCAUCUCGCCGAGAACAUUGGUCGUGAGGUUGCCGGUCUCGUCCUCGCCAACAGUUCGAGACCCUACCGCGACGAAUCCUUCAGCGUGGGCUCCGAGCUUAGCAGUGCCUCCGUCGACUCUAUUCCCUCCCCCGAUGGCUCUGCUACCGACGCUGCACGCGGUCACGAGCAACAGACUGUUCUGGAGAAGGAAGAGGAGUCCUGGCACAAGUCCGUGCGUAAGCGCGAUGAUGCAGAGCUGGAGCGCGAGUGGCUGGAUGAUAUCGUCCUGGAUCCUCGCAUUUCGUCGCGCAUGAACCUUGCGCUCCUUUCUCCUGAGGAUGAGGCUCGCUCUCAGCGUAUUGCUGAGCACCAGGAAUACAUCCUUGGUGAAGAGCGUCCGCUGCCCAUCCCCUUCUGGAAGAGCAUGUGGAUUAAGUACGGAUACGGUGAGGAUGAGGAGACCAUCCGCCGCAAACCAAUCAUUGGCAACUACGAUGAUGAGUUUGGUGCGUAA